AUGGUUCUCCUCCGGCACAUCUCCAUCGCGCUGACCGCCGCCGUGGCUGCUUUGGGCUCCGCGCUGUUCAUCGCCCUGAACUACUUCUACAAGCGGCGGGUAUGGUCUCCUCAGGCGGACUACUGCACCAUCAAAGAGGAGGAGGAGGAUCGUGGGAAGCGUCAGGUCCUGGUCCUCGGUCUGGACGGGGCCGGGAAGAGCAGCAUGCUGCAGGGUUUGACCCCCGGAGAGCCAGCGGGUAAGAGAGGUCGCUGCCGCCCAACCCGCGGCUUCAACUUCAUGAGCCUCAACGCCCCCGCCUGUCAGCUCGACUUCCUGGAGAUCGGUGGUGGGGAGGACCUGCGGCGGUACUGGUCUGAAUACCUAAGCAGGACUCAUGUUCUGGUCUACGUGGUGGACUCCUCUGACCGGAGCCGCCUCCCUUUGGCUAAGACCGAACUGCACCGCCUCCUCAGGGUGGAGCCUCAGCUGCCUGUCGUCAUCCUGGGAAACAAGCAGGAUAAGCCCAACGCUGUGACCGUGUCCGAGCUCCAUGAAGCCUUGUCUCUGAGCUCCGUGAUCGAGGAAAGGAAGCUGUUCCUCUUGGCUGCCCAGCUGGGCUCGGAUGGAGCCCUGAGGAACUCCUGCAAGGGCCUGGACACCUUCCAGGACCUCCUGCUCCAACUUGUCUGA